AGCUAAACAAGAGAGAAGAUAUUAGAGCGAAUUCAGCCUUUUGUUUGAGUAUUUGCAGCUUUAAAUAUUGUCCCCCGUGCAGCACCAAGGAAAGAAAACACCGAGGGAGAGGAGGAAAAAAUAUAUAGGGAGUCUUGGCUGAUGCAUCUGUGCAAGAGCAUCCAUUUCACGGCGAUUACAGUUCGAACCUGAGGAGACGGUGCGCAUUUCUUUGAGAAACACGGUGCUUUUCUCUCUCCUCCGAAGUCAUUUUCCUAGAGCGGCUGGCGAACGCAAAGACACGGUUACGGGAUUUCAUAACGAGGCUUUUCGUUUGAAGCAAAAGCAGGUCGAGCGCAGUUCCAGCAGGCUAUACUGCGUCUUGUUUGUGGAGUGGAAUUUUGCGGUCCCUAGCUCAAAACGCAAAGGGGAAUAUCAGACGUUCAAGUUCCCUUGGAAGUUGCGCAGUGAUAUAAAAACAUGGGAAUUUGUGGUUAUCUGGCGGUGUCUGGGAAAUGCCUUGUCGUCAUCGGACUUAAAUUGUUAUUCCUUGUACCUGCAGGAGUUCCAGCUAGAAGCGGGGAUUCUGUAUUAAAGGACAACAUCACCGUCAGACAGGGAGACAGCGCCGUCUUAAAAUGCAAUGUGGACAGCAAAGUCUCACGAGUGGCAUGGCUCAAUCGCACCACUAUUCUAUUUGCAGGAAGUGAAAAGUGGUCUCUGGAUCCUCGUGUCAUCUUGUUGGAAAACACAGCAGUUACAGAGUACAGCAUCAAAAUCCAAAAUGUUGAUGUCCAUGAUGAAGGGCCCUAUGUAUGCUCUAUACUCACAAACAAGAAACCACAAUCCACGAAAGUGCACCUCAUUGUUCAAGUACCUGCCAGGAUCACUAACAUAUCAAAGGACGUCACGGUGAAUGAAGGCAGCAACGUCAAUCUUAUGUGCCUGGCAGUUGGUCGACCUGAUGCCAACAUAAUUUGGAAGCAUCAUUCACCAAGGGGCACCCAUAAAUUUGUGACAGAGGGGGAGCACCUGAUGCUCACAGCCAUCACCAAAGAACAGUCGGGAUCUUAUGAAUGCAUUGCAUCUAAUGACAACUCAAGCCCGGAUGUCAGGACAGUGCAAGUCACCGUCAACUAUCCUCCCUUCAUUUCUAAAGCAAGGAGUACAGGCACUUCAGUUGGACAAAAAGGAAUUCUGCAAUGUGAAGCCUCUGCUGUCCCAAGGGCAGAUUUUGAGUGGUACAAAGAAGACCGCAGGCUCCUCAAUGGACUAAACGGGGUAAAGAUAGAGAAUCAAGGGAAACAGUCUAUGCUUAUCUUUUUCAAUGUCUCAGAAGAAGACUAUGGGAACUACACUUGUGUUGCUAUGAACACCAUGGGAAUCACUAAUGCCAGUAUAAUACUCUAUGGUCCUGGUGCAAUGCAUGACGUGAACGGGGCUACUGCGCUAUCACAUUGCUUUGUAUGCCUCCUGCUUACUGUAACCUCAGUCUACCUUCUCAAGUUCUAAUGUGAAAUGCUACCACCUUGGAGCUUCUCUCAGAAUUGAAAACCAAGAACAGACUUUUAGUCCAGUAAGAAGAAUGGAAACCCAAGAUUGCCAGUGGUCCACCCUAUUUUUUUUCUUUUUCUCUGUUGUUUUUCUUUCCUUUUUCUGGCUUUGUAUCAGAGUCUGUUCUCUGUUGGCUUGUCAAGAGUGAGAAGCAUCAACCUGCAGAAGCAAAGAUUUUAAAUAAUGCACUAAUUUGAUGAUGGUAGAACUUUUGAGUUCGUGUCUCCCCCAAGCUUUUUAUAUGUGAACAUGGAAAAAGAAAAAAAUACAUGUAACUGUUGAUAGUUGACUGUUUAUUGCCCAAUUCUGAAGUGUACAUUCAGAUUAUUAUUAUUAUUAUUAUCGUGUCAUGUCCUGUUCAAUAUCUGUACAAUAACAUUAAGCUUUUUUAGGUAAAUGAUAAAAAGGGAAAAAUGCAAUGUGAUUGUUGAAUUUUACUGUAUUUUUACAGUUGUAUGCAAAACAGAAUAACUGAUACUUCAUUAUAAACAGUUCAGAACAAUAAAUUAUACACCAUGAUUUCUCAGGCAAAGUCCUA